UUUUUGGCGAGCCAAACCACAUCAAACCCGGUUAGCUCGAGUUUGAUUGUGUUAAGAGUUUGAGUUAACAUUUGACAGAACUCGCAAAAAUUCUUUUGGUUUGGAUAUCUAAUCAAUAAUAAAAUCGUAACCUAUAAUCUAUGAUAGUGCUCGUAGCUCAAGUUGUUUGAUUAUUUCUUAUAUACUAUAAUUGUUAUUCCUAAUCUGAAAUGCACAUCCAUGAAAUAACGUUAAUGUAUAGAUGGUUAUUAAAUCAAAAUGGGUUUACCUUUUCACAAAUAUCUAUUCCCACGUAAAUGUAUCGUCAAAAAGGAAGUUAAUAAAGAUCUAUACAGUACAAUAUAGAAUAUGCAUAUCUACGAUUAAAGUUAUUUGGAUCCUCGAUUACUAUUUUUUUAUUAUCAAUUUUAAAUAUUUACUUUGUAUUUUUUGCAAAGUUAAUCCAUUAUCAAUUUUUUUUAUUUACAACUUAUACCUAUCCAAACCUCUAAAAAAACGAAGUAGUGACUAGGUACGAUGGUACGAAACAGAAAAUAAAUAAACAAAGAUAGAAAUAUUAACUUAAUAUCCAAACCAACCCACAAGUCCGGUUUGAUGGUUAGGCAAACUCUGCCAAACCGGGUUAACUACAUUUCUCGCCAAAACGUCAAACCUCAACAAACUAUAGUUAACCGGGUUAGCGGUUUUCUCGCCAAAAAACCCUUAUUAUUAGUUUUUAUCUUCGCAAGAAAUUUUUUCGUUUUUAUUAUUGUUUAUUAUGCAAUUGCAAAAUGCCAGCCAAAUGUUGUAUUUUAAAUUGUAAACGUCAACGCGAUGAUCCUGACUGUCUUCAUUUAAAUUUCUUUCAGAUAACUUUUUCAGUUGUUUUCGUUAUUUAUUAGAGUACCUAAAGAUACCAACAGAAUGAACGAGUGGCAUGAUAACAUCAAAAGUUAUUUUAAAACAGAUGUAAAAUUACUUCCUCAUUUUCAAGUAUGUGCAUUACAUUUUAAAAAAGAAUUCUUUUCUACUGGUUUAACUGGUCAGAGGAUUAGACUAAAAAAUAAUGCUGUUCCUACUAUUUUCGAAAACUAUGGAUGGAAUGAACAAAGUCAAGAAUUAGAGAAAAGUGGUUUGUUUCAAUAUAAAUGUGAAGCAAUGGACAUAGAUGCUGAUCCUGAAAAUAUUCCAAAUCCUUCUGACAAUGUUAAUCUUGAGAAAUCAUGCGUUAUAAUAUCAAAUCAAUCGUUAAAGAACUUGGAAUCAAAUGAAGAAAAUGUUACUAUUGAUGAAUUUGAAAAACCAUAUUUGAAAAGCCAAUCAUUACCUUCAUCACUAGAAGACAACAAACUAGAGGAAAGCCUAGGUGUUCCAUCCAAAACUGUUGAAGAAAAAUUGUGGCAAAAGUCAAUAGCUAAUAUAGAUUUAAAUGCAAUAGAUUAUAAAGACGAAUUUUUAGUUAGAAAAUUGCUCGAAAAGUCAAAAAUGGAAAUAAUUCAAUUACGUAAAUCACGUAGACUACAGACACUAAAAUUAUAUAGAGCUAAUAAGAAGAUAAGAGGUGUUGGAGGAUUAUUAUCUCGUGUAAAAGAGCAAGGAUUCAUAUCAGAAAAGGUUUCUGAGAUACUAGACGCCACAGUUCCUGCAGAAACUCGUGACAUGUUUCUACGUCUGCUCGAAAAACCAAAGGGAAGAUAUACGUUUCCACAUUCUUUACGCAAGUUUGCUACAAAUUUGCACUUUUAUUCGCCUAAAGCUUAUAAUUACGUUCGUCAACUUUUUGUUAAAUGUUUGCCACAUCCACUUACAAUUUCCAAAUGGUAUAGAACAAUUGAUUGCUCAUCUGGAAUAAAUUUACCAAGUAUAGAAACUUUAAGAAUGAAAGUAGAAUAUAAAAAAUUAAUGAUAAACCGGUAUUGUGCAAUUUAGUAAUGGAUGAAUUGGAUAUUCGAAAUAAAAUCGAAACAGUGAGCGAUAAAGAAUAUGGCUACAUUACUAGAGG